CAUGGUCCAUACGGAAGGCAACGCUCUACUCAAGGCCGUCUGGCAAGGCAAAUUCCGGCUCACCCGCUUACUGCUAGAGGGAGGGGCCUACAUUAAUGAGGGCAACACCCAGGGAGAGACCCCCCUCAUUGCUGCCUGCAUAGCCCCCUACGAGGAUCCCCAGAACAAGCCCCGCAUGGUGAGGUAUCUUUUGGAGAAUGGGGCUGACCCAAACAUUCCUGAUAAGACAGGGAAAUCCGCGUUGAUGCACGCCUGUGCUGAUGGAGCCGGGGCGAAGGUAGCCACCAUCUUAUUAGAUCAUGGAGCAGAUCCCAGUGCCAAGGAUUAUUCGGGGGCAUCGGCUUUGGUUUAUGCCAUCAAUAAGGGGGACCGGGCCACCUUACAGGUGCUACUGGAUGCCUGUAAAGCCAAGGGGAAGGAAGUUAUCAUCAUCACCACAGAUACGUCUCCCUCGGGAACCAAGAAGACCAAGCAGUACCUGAAUUCCCCACCAUCGCCAGGCAUUGAAGAUAAACAUUCACCUGCUCUGUGUAUGUCGCCCUCAGACAUUGAGGUGAGGACCGCUCAGUCCCCGGGAGGCAGCGAGAAGGAAGAGGAGCGAGACGUUUUCAACUUCACCAUGGCUACCAGACUGACCUGUAACCCCAUCCCACAUGGCAAAGGGAAGGAAGGUGAGGAAAAAACCUCAGCGCUCCCACCCAAAGGCAGGCCCAAGCAGCUAAAGAGGCUGAACUCUGAACCGUGGGGCUUGGUGGCCCCCUCCAUUUUGGCUGCUUCUCACCAGGAAAAGGCUCGGACCCCAGAGGAGAAGAUGAUGGCCGAGAUGAACGGGUUGAGCCUCUCCAAGAGGCCACCCUUGUCACGGAGGCACAGCAUGGAAGGCCAAGAGUCGUCCUCUCUCAAAAUGGCUUCCCACCAUGGAUCAGGAGAAGAACCCUCCAGCCUGGAAGCAGCAUGGGCAGAGAAAGUCCAUUUUAGCCACCUCCAUCAACCUCUCUCCCGGCGCAAUACAGCUCCUGAAACCCAAGAUGGCGGCCCGUGUCCUGGCCCACGAGGUCUGGCUCAUCACAAGCUGAACUGCAUGGAGCAUUAUGAAUCUGAUUCUCUCUGCCCAGACUCCAUCCCUGGCUCACCUGAUUCAGGCCGUGUUUCCAUGGAAAGGAGGAAGUACAAUGCCUCCCCGCUGACUCUGCCAGCCAGUUCCUCACGGGAGAGUUUGGAAAGCAUUCCCAAUGCCGUCUCCCCUAACAUGAUACGACGCCGGACCCCGGGCCUCCUUGAGAGAAGGGGCUCCGGGACCCUGUUGCUCGAUCACAUCGCCCACACCCGCCCUGGUUUCCUGCCCCCUCUCAACUUCAACCCCCACCCUCCCCUCCGGGACAUCCGGGCCAAUGGCAAGCCUCCCUCACCAGCACAUAAGGGGCUGAUUCCAGUAGCCCCCAGUUCCCCAAAGGCCAAGCGGCUUCUGAGGAGGCACUCAAUGCAAACGGAACAGAUGAAACAGCUGGUCAGUUUUCAGAGUCUGAUCACACCCGGGGACUCCAUGGCCAGUUAA